AUGAAAGGGUUGCUGCAUGAAGGGCUGGAUAUACACAUUAGAAAUGGUGCCACUGUUAAACUUCAAGAUCACAAUUGGGUCCCUUGCUUGAGAGGCAGAGGCCCUAAGCUCAAAGAUCCCACCAGCAAUGGCCACCUUUGGGUCAAGGAUCUUACCUACACUGACACCGACCAAUGGGAUGAAGCAAAGAUUAGGGAGCUGGUGGAGGCAGAAGACUGUCAAGCAAUCCUAGACAUCCAAUCACUAAACCCCCACACAAUGGACAAGACGAAAGGUGUUAGGGCUAGUGCGAGUCCCUGUCCCCAUUCCCAGUGCGGGGCAGAUGUUCUCGACGAAUCUGCAGCUGUUACAGAAUCCGCAGCUAUAGCUAUUGAAUCAGCUCUUCGUCAACUUCGCCUCUCUUCUCCUUUACUACUUAUGCCUUCACUGCGUCUUCCGUGUCCGGUUUUGAAACAUGGCAUCCGUUAUGAAUUAGACCAUGACCCAGCGCGAAGGAUUAUCGAAGAAGACCCUUCUAGGAAUUGGUCGAAUCGAGAACCCUUGUCCCUUGUGACGUUGAAAGGAGUCUAG